GAUAGCGGUAUCGGCGAGUGCGCUGCCGCCGGCAGUGUUUAGUGUUUCUUUGGCCGUGACGCCGAGCGCCGCGACGCUUCAUAAUAUUCUCUUGGCUCUUACCGCGAAAUCAAACUAUGCAAUUAUCUCCCUUUGAUAAAACGAUACGCCGUGUUAUCAGUUUGUGAUAAGUUAACAGUUUUAUACGAGAUAAAAAACGAGUUGGUCGACGCCUGUAUUACAGUGUUCUAAAGUGUUAUGUAAAAAUCUGAAAGUCGAAGUUUCUCAACUAGUGGUGCAAUUAUGACGACGAUGGCGGGAUCUCGUAAGACAAUCUCCAUUCAUGACUACCCCGAGCACCUAAACCCUUUCCGGGAAGAGGAUAACCACAAUAAAAUCAGAUUCUGGACAAUCGGUCGGAGAUUAAGUAGAUCUAACAGCAUCACGUUUUCUGGAAUAAAAGAACUGAAAAAUUCAUGGUCUUUGCGGUCUUUUAUGAGAAAAGGGAAGAAAGGUGAACAGGCGUCAUCACAAAGCAAUAAAAAUAACCAAGUAAAUGGGAGCACCAGUCCUGUAAUGUUCAGGCGAGCUAUGCAAUAUUCCUCAGUAUCGUCGGGGGCCCGCAGCACGGUCGGAUCACCAGAGCGUGCGGACCGCUAUGUUUACGGCGGUUCGGUCACGCCGCUGCCACGCUCGCGGUUUCAAGAGCGUCUGCGCAGCUCGCAACAAGAAUUUAAUUCGCUUAGUGUCACGCCCCGCAUGGCACGUAGUGACAUAAUGGGCUCAAGGCUCAGUGUGGAAAGUACAAAUCCAUUUGAUGAAGCCCCCAUACCUCCGGUACGCGCCUCGCGGAGAAAGAAAAACCGCGCCCCGCCUCCGCCCUCCACGUCGACUGCUGACAACUCGAUAAAAAGCGAAAAUUUAGAGCUACGAAUUACAGAACCUGAUAACAGUAAACAAUCCAUCAAUGUAGAAGAUGAUGGCAUGGAAGAAAUGAACUUAAAAGUUGAACUUAAAAUAGUGGAAGAUGACGAUAAAAUAAAUGAUAAGAAAGAAAUUGAAAGUCACGAAGCUAUUGUUAAAGUUGAGGAAAGUGGUCAUCUAGGUGAAGCUACAGAAACCAAAGAAUGGAGAAACAGUCCUGAAAAGCGAAUAAAUGAUGAUGACCUAUCCGUUGAGGUUAAGGAAACAUCUGAAAAAGACAUACUUUCACAAGUCUCCUUUCCUAAAAUAGAUAUAUUAAAAUAUCGAAGAAACUCUAGUGUUAAUGAGGACGAUAUUAAACUGCGACGAGGAAAUUUAGAAGAUUUUCAGACACUAUCUAACAAAAGAAGUAAAAGUUUAACAAAUACUUACGAUGGAAGUUAUCUGGUGUAUGAUGUCAAUUUGAAUGAAAACAAAACUUUCGAUAUAAACAGUAAUGAAGAACCUCAAAAAGUUGUUUGUAAAGUAUACAAUGAAUCGAGAAAGGAGAGCCUAGACAAUUCCACAUCAAGCACUGAAAAAGAUUUUUUGGAGAUAGAUAAAGCAACGAGAGAAUUAGAAAAGGAAAUAAGUAAACUUAACUCGGCCCUAAUAGAAGACGAUUUAACUUUUGAUAAUAGUCGACUAUCGGUAUCAGAAAUAAGGCAAAAAUUUGAUAGAAACGGUGCCAGCUCACCAAACCCUAUACCAAAGCCUAGAAGAAGUCACUACGGCGAAUCUACAUCUAUCAAUACCUCUUAAGCGAUAAUAAUUUAUCUAGAAAAAAUAGUCCCAAAAAGUUUAAUUUUUCAAAAUAGUA